UUUUUUUUUUUUGGGGGGGGGGAGGGUUUUUUUUGUCAACAACACUACAACACUUUAAAGGUACAACAACAACAAAAGCGAAAAAAAAAGUUCCAUUAUGAUUCGCUUUCUCUUUUACACUGCAGUACAACAUGGUUGCUUUGAAUUUACCAGCUGAUGUUUUAGCUACCGCCGACGGCACCCGUAGAUUAUUCAACAAAUGGACUUACGAUGAUGUUGAAGUCAAGGAUAUUUCUCUUCAAGAUUAUAUCCAAAUUCGUCAACAAGUCUAUUUGCCUCAUACUGCAGGUCGUUUCGCUGUCAAGCGUUUCCGUAAGGCUCAGUGUCCUAUUGUUGAACGUUUGACUAAUGCUUUGAUGAUGAACGGUCGUAAUAACGGUAAGAAGCUUAUGGCUGCUCGUAUUGUUCAGCAUGCUUUUGAAAUUAUUCACCUUUUAACCGAUGCCAAUCCUCUUCAAAUUCUCGUUGAUGCUAUCAUCAAUUGUGGUCCUCGUGAAGACUCUACUCGUAUUGGUUCUCAAGGUACUGUUCGUCGUCAAGCCGUCGAUGUUUCUCCUCUUCGUCGUGUUAAUCAAGCCAUCUCUUUGUUGACUAUUGGUACUAGAGAAUCUGCUUUCCGUAACGUUAAGACUGUUGCUGAAUGUCUUGCUGAUGAAUUGAUCAAUGCUGCCAAGGGUUCUGCUAACUCUUAUGCCAUUAAGAAAAAGGAUGAACUUGAACGUGUUGCCAAGUCCAACCGUUAAA